AUGAGACUCACCAACAGUACGGUUCCAGUUUACACAGUCUCCGGCUCAUCUACCUCCCGAAGUCUUCCUGACUGGCUGUCGCAGAAACAAAGACAAAAACAAAAAAAUGAUCCCGAAUAUGCCAACAGAGUCGAAAUCCUACAGGACUUUGAAUUCGAAGAGGCGAGCGCUUGCGUUCGUGUCAGCGAAGAUGGCGAAUGGGUCAUGAGCACGGGGACAUAUAAACCUCAGAUUCACACACAUUAUCUACCUAAUCUUGCUCUAUCAUGGGCGCGGCAUACCGAUACCCUAAACAAAACCUUUCUCUUCCUCUCUUCCGACUAUUCCAAGACGGUUCACUUGCAGGAGGAUCGUUCAAUAGAAUUUCACACUCCUGGUGGCUGUCAUGACUCCCUACGGAUACCUAGAUACGGCCGCGAUCUGGCAUACGAUAGAAGCAGUACAGAAUUGCUUGUCCCUGCUGUCGGUGUGAAUUCGAAUGGCAUGGGCGAGGUAUUCAGGAUCAACUUGGAACAAGGAAGAUUCAUGAAAGAGUUUGAAGUUGAUGUCGGCGGGGACGAUUUGACUUCGAUGGGUGGCGGGGCCUUGCAAGGUGGUAUACGUACCGGGAGUGUGAAUACUGCUGCAGUGGCGGAAGGUAGUCACAAUUUGCUAGCAUUUGGGACGUCCCUCGGCACUGUGGAAUUCUGGGACUCGAGAGCCCGAGCUCGUGUCGCUACACUUGCGAUGCCCACUGAUCAUGAUGGCCGACCUGAAGUUACAGCUUUGGACUUUCAUCGCUCGGGAAUCAGUACUGCCGUGGGCACCUCAUCCGGACUCAUAUACCUCUACGAUCUUCGAUCCCCCCUACCCACGUUGAAGAAGGACCAGGGUUAUGGAUAUCCCAUCCACUACGUCCAACACUUGACCGCUUCGAGUACUACAAGAGCCUCAACUUCCGAGCCUAAGAUCGCUUCUGCAGACAAACGGAUAUUGAAAUUGUGGGAUCAGUAUGAUGGUGCGCCCUGGACUUCAGUGGAGCCCACGGUCGACAUCAAUUGUGUUGCUUGGUGCCGAGACAGCGGAAUGUUCUUGACCGCGAACGAGGGGCGACAACAGCAUGCCUUUUUUAUCCCUCAAUUAGGGCCGGCUCCCAAAUGGUGCUCAUUCUUGGACAACGUGGUUGAAGAGAUGGCAGAUGAUCCAAACGACCCCAUGGCGUUCUCCCGAUCAAAUGUUGGUGAAGUCUACGACAACUUCAAAUUCCUCACUCUACCUCAACUUCGCAUGCUCAACUUGGAUCAUUUGGUUGGAAAGACGAAUCUGCUCAGGCCCUAUAUGCAUGGUUAUUUUGUUGCACAGGGACUGUAUGAGGAAGCCAGGCUUAUCGCCAACCCCACCACUUAUGAGGAAGAGAGACAGAAACGUGUGCAGGCCAAGAUCGAAAAGGAGCGAGAAAGCCGAAUCCGUGGCAAGAAGAAGGUCACCGCAAAAGUCAACCGCAAAAUGGUGGAAAGAAUACUGGAUCGCGAGGAGAAGAAUGAAAGACGCCGUGCACAACGAGUUCUCGCUCAAGGGGGGGAUGAAAAGGAAAUCGAACAACCAGAAGGUGCCACAGAGGAGCCAGAGCCUACCAGUCAAGAAGAGAAAGGUCUUUUGGCAGAUUCUCGUUUCGCAAGGCUAUUCCAGGACGAAGAUUUUGCUGUGGACGAAACUUCUCGAGAAUUUCAACAGCUCAACCCGAGUACCAAGACUACUGUUUCCACGAAUUUGGAUCGCGAGAAAGGGCUCACUGCCGUGGAGGAAGAAGCCCUUGAUGAAGUACCUCCAUCAAGCGACGAAGAUGAUUUUGGAGCAUCUUCGAGAUAUAAGACCAAGGAACGCAUAUCCAAUGCUGACUACAAGCGUAAAUCCGGGCAAAAGGGAGGGAAGCAAAUGCAAAUGAAAGUUACUUCUUCUGCUGGCUCCAGGGCCAGUGGUAGGGAACAAGGAGAUCGAUCUUUUGGAUCGCGAGCGGACAACAUGAGACCUGGUCAACGUAUCAAACGAAAUGGUCCACGAGCGGUGGUCGGCAAUCAAGUCAUCACAUUUGACGCACCAAGCGGGAGAACCAAGAAUCGACUGGACACGAGAGACCACGGAAGAAGUGAAAAACGAUCCAAAGAUCGGAGAAGUGCAUCUGGAAAUACAUUCAGAAAAAUGUAA